AUGUCAUUCGUCACCUCAACAAUUAUGGGUAGCAUCACCCAGUUCAGAAGGGACGACAUGCCUUCAGCAACCACUGGAGAUGAUGAUUCUGAAACUGGUAUGCCUUCUGUUGAUAGCGGAAUGCCCAGUAUCUCAUCUUCAAGUGAACUGAUCUCUACUCCUUCAGUGACAGUUCCUGCCCAUGAUCAUAACCCAUAUAUUUAUAGAGAAAGCCGUCUCACCGGUACAGUUUUCAUUGCCGUUGGCAGUGUCGUCGGCGCUAUUAUCCUUGCAUUUGUCUUGUUCCAUCUUAUUCGUUCAAUUCGUGCCUCCAUGCUAGCGAAGAAGUCUUCCAGUGGCGAGAAGAGCAUGUACGAAAACUACAACCGCAACAGGUUGUAUAGUAACUCCGUUGGUCUGUCCAGUACAAAUUUCCUAAAUACAGAGUACCAGGGUUCUGUGGCCAAGAUUCCGCUCAUGUCAUCCAAGUCUUUGUACGAUGGCUCUCAGGCCGGCGAUACUUCCACUUUGCACAUGGGUGAAACACCUUACGCCACAUCGCAUCAUGACCUCACCAAUAUGUUCAUUUCGCCUACGAAGGAGGUGAUGUCGCAUAGCAGGACCAAGUCUCAGUCCAACAUUCUUGCAGGAAGCUCCAUGUCGUUAAGAAAUGAGCCAUCCCCAGCUAUCAAUAGGCACUCGCAACUCAUCCCGAAUAUGUACUUGAGUCCUGCGGUGAACAACAGCGAGUAUUCGUUGCUGGAGCACGCCGCAGGCCUGUCGGGCAAAUCUUCCUCGAAUUCGCCUGAAAAUAGCCCUAGGGGUAGACAGAAGAAGAAAACAGUACCAAGCAUGUACUUGGACGACCUCAUUGAUAAAUAG